AUGCUGCGGGAGGAAAUCAUACGGGUUCUCUCUGCUGAGGGCUGGAGGAAGACCAGUCUUUACAAUCUCAAGCUCUUGGACAGCGUGAUCAAAGAAUCCCAGCGGCUCAAGCCAACAAGCAUAGCAAACAUGCGACGCGUUGCCGAGAAGAACAUUGACCUCCCAAAUGGGGUUCACAUUCGGAAAGGCGAGAAGAUCGUUGUCUCCCUCACAGACCUCUUCGAAAAGCCCCAGGAGUUCGACGGUCACCGGUGGAUCCGGCUCCGCGACUUGCCCGGUAAAGAGCACUCUGCCCACCUCGUGGCAGUCACUCGCGACCAUAUCGGCUUCGGCCUGGGGGAGCACGCGUGCCCCGGCCGCUUCUUCGCCGCGAACGAGCUCAAGAUUGUGCUCUGCCACUUGCUCCUGAAGUUCGACUGGGAGUUCGUCCCGGACGGGCGGCCAAAGGUGUUGGCUAAUGGUUUCUCUCUGACGCUGGACCCGAGGGCAAAAUUGAGAAUGCGCCGGCGUACUGCGGAGGUGGACCUGGAGAGUCUUGCUGUAGACUGA